AUGUCAGAGUCGUCUUGGUUGAAUAUAUAUGAAGGAGGCGAAGAGGAUGAUGGAGCAAUCAACUUGAACAAGAAUGGUCAGGUUGGUGAUUGGUCAUCUUUUAUGAUCGCGAUGGACGAUGAGGGAGGCCAGGAAUUGGGUCGUUCGCUAUCACAGAUGAAGCUGAAUGAUGCGUCGGACAAGUCAAAGUUCAAGCUCAGUGGUGGCAUGGAGAGGCCCAGUGCGCCCGACAAGAAGGUGUCGCCCACGUCAUCAAAGCGCUCGUCAUUAGGCAUGCCUAUGCCCGGAUCGCCUGGACAUCAUCCUCAUCAUCAUCAGUAUCAAGUGGUCGGCGUGGGCAGGAACCGCUUCUCAGGCUCUGCGCCUCUCAUGGAGCAGUACGCCGCGAGUGAACAACACUCUGGCGGCAACACCCCGCCCUACCCGCUGUCCUCGUCGCCCAUCACAACAAAGUCGUCGCCCAUUGUCAAUGCGACAUCGUUCAACUCUAGCUCACCGCCACUCUCCUCGUCGCCCUCGUCCGCCUCUGACCUGUCCAUCUUCAACUUCUUCAGGAAGAAGAAGGUCGACCAGGGUGUGCCAAAGAUCAGGUCGAUGCCCGGCCUCACUAUCGACACUCUCGACCUGCCCGCUACCAAGGAGACGUCGGAGGGCUCGACUACCCCGCGUACCCCACACCUCGCCGACGCGCUCGAGGACAUCCAAACACAGCUGGCACAGCAGCAGACGGAGAAGGUCAUGGAGGGCUGGAUGGAGCGCGCGUCAUCUCGCUCCUCCUGGAAGAAGCAUUGGUAUGUGCUGCGUGGCAAUCACCUGGAGUACUUCAACGGCUGGUGGGAGGACAAGCCCGCCAUGCCCCAUUCGCCACGCGGUGGUGACAAGGAAAAGAGUGACACUGGUGUCAAGGAGAACAGGAUCACACUGAACUACUGGUAUACACUCACUAAGCCCGUGAUAGAGGAGGGCAAGUACGUCUUUGUCAUCAACCCAUUCUCCGAGGUUGAGCGCGGUGAUAAGAAGAUCAAGUUGCUCAAGUUCCGUUGCGAGGACGAGGCAAGCGCCAAGAAGUGGUGCACAGACAUCGAGCAGGUGAUCAAGAAGAAGAAGGAGACUACUGUGACACUUAGACCAUUGGUGUCCGAGCACAAGAUGCCUGGUGGACGAAGGGCAACAGUGACCAACUAUGUACCACCCAGCCCAACCUCACCAAAGCAGACAGUGUUUAUACCUCGUGAGCUCAUCGACGACUUGGAGCCCGAUGAGAAGAAGGUUCUCGAGACGGUCAAGAGCCUGCUCGAUGAGUUUGCACCUGCCCCACUCCCACCCGACGUCAAGCCAUCGGAAUACCGCAACAGGCCUCGAUCCAACGAUGGCUUCUACAGGAUCAUGUCGCUGGACGGAGGUGGACUGCGUUCAGUGAUGGUGUGCGUGCUGAUCGAGCGUAUCACCAAGCGAUUCCCCACAUUCCUCGACUAUGUCGACGUAUUCACAGGCACCAGCGCCGGCUCGAUUGUGGCUGCCGGCCUGGCCGCCCAGUAUCCACCAAAGGGUACGCGUCGUGUGCUCGAGCUAACGGCGCUGCCAGUGUUUGGCAAGAAGAGGGCCGGCUUCAACAUGAACAACUCCAAGUACUUCAAUCGCCUUUUGCGAGCGUCCUGUUACGUCUUUUUCCAGGACAAGCGAUUCUACGAGUUCCCGCGUAAGCUGGUCGUGCCCGCCUUCCAGCUAGACAGCCACUACCCGCCACAGGCCGAGCCGUAUGCACCCAAGGACAGACGAUGGAUGCCCGCCGUCUUCCACAACAUUGGCAAGUGUGACGACUGGCUCACGCAGGAGGUGGUGAGCGACGCCCUGUUGCGAUCGGGUGCGGCGCCCACCUUCUUCCCCUCGUACCAAGGAUUCAUUGACGGUGGCGUCUUUUGCAACAACCCUGGUAUGGCGGCGAUGAGUCUGGCGAUGAGUCCCAAGAACGACAACAUCCCAGCCAACAAGAUCAUCUGUCUGUCGCUUGGCACCGGUCUGUCGCCACACUACAUGGAGGGUGGCCCAGACUAUGACUAUGGUCUGCUCAACUGGGCACCCAAGCUGGGCAACCUGUUCAUGGGCUCGCAGGUGGACUUUUUGGCGCAGCUAUGCGACAACAUACUAGGCGAGCGAUACCAUCGUAUCAACCCAUUGCUAGGUGUACACACCUCGAUGGACGAUCCCAAGUUGGUCAGUGAGUUGGCUACAUUGGCGAAUGAAGUCGAUCUCCAACCAACCUUCAAUUGGAUUGAAGAGCAUUGGUUCCCAAAGGUAUCUCCUACUACUGAUCAGGCCUCCGCUACUCCCGUUCCAAUCGUGGUAGUGCCAGCAGCGGCGUCAACAUCAGACACAUUGUAA